CCGCAUUGUGUAAAUUAUGUGUAGCGUUAAAAUGUUUUAUGAAGUUAAAAGUAUUUGGGGAAGAUCUGUGUAAACGUUAAAUUAAAUUUACUUGAACCAUUGAAUAUACGCAUGUGGUUUUAUUCCAUAAACGUGCCGUGCAGUGAGUCAGUGUGAUAGAAUGGCAAAAAAUCAAGCCGCUAGACGUUGUCUUAAUAAAUUAUAGCUAUUAUAUAUUAUUUUUUUAAAAUACUAAUCAUUCCAAUUGUAAAUGUAGCUGUGCUUUUACAUUUUAUAUUCGGUAAUAUUAAAACAAAAUGACCGUAACUUACACCGGAGAAGUUGCAACUUGCCGCGGCUUUGGAACCUUUUUAAAAGUUUUAUACAGAUGGCGUGGAAGUAUUUACAAGUUGGUGUGGCUGGAUCUCCUGAUUUUCUUAUUGAUAUAUUAUUCUUUGGCCUUAACUUACCGAUUCCUCCCCACAGAUGAAUCUAAAAGGACUUUUGAAGGAGUUGUAAAUUACUGCAGUUACCACGGUAAUGUGAUACCAUUGUCUUUCGUUUUGGGUUUUUACGUGACUGUUGUUAUGAAUCGGUGGUGGAAUCAGUACACUACUAUACCCUGGCCAGAUUCCAUAGCUGUUUUCGUGUCCGCCACUAUACAUGGCCAGGACGAACGGGGUCGGCUGCUGAGAAGAACAAUAGUCCGAUAUGUGUGCCUUUGCCUAACUAUGGUACUUACUAUGAUCUCGCCUCGCGUCAAAAAACGCUUUCCUACGCUUGAUAAUUUUGUAGAGUCUGGUUUAAUGCUUGAGAAUGAGAAACAGAUUCUCAUAAAUCUUAAUGAUAAGUUUCCAAAGCCUUCUAAACACUGGUUACCAAUUGUUUGGGCGGCUAGUAUAGUGACGAGGGCCCGCAAAGAGGGUAGGAUAAGGGACGACUUCGCUGUGAAAACAAUUAUAGACGAAUUAAACAAAUUUAGAGGGCAAGCGGGACUGCUGCUCAGUUAUGACACAAUCAGUGUGCCUCUUGUUUAUACUCAGGUAGUUACUAUAGCUGUUUACUCGUACUUUAUGACGACGGCAUUGGGUAGUCAAUGGGUUGAAAAUAAAACGACACACAAGGAUGCUGGCUCGAAUAUAAGUAGUAUAGACCAAUACUUUCCGAUAUUUACUACGUUAGAAUUUUUUUUCUACAUGGGUUGGCUAAAAGUGGCAGAGUCUCUAAUAAACCCUUUUGGCGAAGAUGACGAUGAUUUCGAAGUCAACUGGCUGAUUGAUCGCGACUUACAGGUAUCCUAUAUGAUAGUGGACGAGAUGCAUCACGAGCAUCCGGAGCUUCUCAAGGAUCAGUAUUGGGAUGAAGUGUUCCCGACGGAGUUGCCGUACACGAUAGCUACGGAAAAUCAGAGGGAGGAGCAUCCAGAACCUUCUACUGCUCGCGUGGCUGUGCCUCCUAGGCAACGCAGCAUGGUCACCGUGAACCCCUCCAGUGUGAAGAUUGACGAAAUGAUGCCAUCCAACACCGUGAGUUACAAGUUCGCCCCACCAGAGCAACUGCAAAUGAACGAUGAUGCUCAAUCGGGCAUUCACUUCAUGGUUUCGCGAGGUAGCAGUAAACGCGGGAAACGGGAUCAAGUGGAUAGAAACUCCAUGGGUUCCACAAAUUCCAUGGCGUCACUACAGCAGCAGACUCCCAUAACGAGAGCAAACUCCGUCACUUCUAUGCUAAAGAGACUGUUCUCAAAGGAAGACCAGCGAAACCCGACACAAACACCUACGCAAACUGAUGGCAGUGGAUCAAGAUUUACAAUAUCUGCUAGCAAUGCGUCACUGAAUAAACCCGCAACAGCCGUAGCUGGGAGCAUGAAGAUUGCUAAUGAAGUGAUCGAGGAGGUAGACGAGCAAGCCACAAUAACCAGCAUGGGCAAACGGCCAGAGAACAGACCCACGGCAAUGAGCGUAUUCGCGCAAGGAGUACAUACUUCAAGUGAACCAGUGGAUGUACCCUCCAGAAAUUCUAAUCACACAAAUAGUACUAGUAAGUUACAUCUUAGUUACUUCAAAGUGGGUUUGUAA